AUGAAAAUGCUAAUAUCUGACUAUAAAUAUGGCGUCCGUGUAAAACAUGACGCAGUGCCGGCCCGAGGCUCCAGCCAAUCAAAGUCACUCGAAAAUUUCUUUUUAGAAAUGAGUGCGCUGUUGAUUCUAGCGUUUUGCGCUAUCAUAUAUAAAUUAUUCACACGAAAAACCAUCAAAUGGAGACGGGCUACCAAAUACGGGGAGGAGAAGGUGGAAGAUUUAAAGCAAGCUCCCGGACCUGUAGCUUUACCGAUAGUAGGAAGCUUGCAUCUCCUUGGGAAACACGAAUCACCAUUCCAAGCUUUCACCCAGCUUAGCAAAGAUUACGGCGAUAUAUACAGCAUUAAGCUUGGUUCGUCAGAAUGCUUGGUUGUCAACAACUUGGAUUUAAUACGGGAGGUUCUUAAUCAGAAUGGAAAAUUCUUUGGAGGACGACCAGAUUUUUUACGCUUCCACAAACUAUUCGCUGGCGACAGGAAUAAUUCCCUGGCUCUCUGCGACUGGUCAAAUCUUCAACUCAGAAGACGCAACCUCGCCCGUCGUCAUUGCGGUCCAAAACAACACACAGAUAACUUCUCAAGAAUUGGUCAAGUAGCCACCUUCGAAGCCGUCGAGCUGGUGCAAAAUCUGAAGAAUAUGACGAAGAAUUCUUCACACAGCAUCAAUUUGAAGCCACAUUUAAUGGCUACAGCUAUGAACAUGUUCUCCAACUACAUGUGCAAUGUUAGAUUUGAGGAUAAUGAUCCUGAAUUUCGUAAAAUAGUAGAUAAUUUCGAUGAGAUAUUUUGGGAGAUUAAUCAAGGUUAUGCUGUCGAUUUCCUUCCAUGGUUGGCGCCGUUUUACAAGAAGCAUAUGGAUAAAUUGUCUAACUGGUCACAGGAUAUUAGGACUUUCAUUUUAUCGAGGAUUGUAGAACAGAGGGAGACUAAUUUGGAUAUGGAUGGUCCGGAAAAAGACUUCUUGGAUGGUCUUCUACGUGUACUUCAUGAUGAUCACACAGUAGACCGGAAUACUAUCAUAUUUAUGCUGGAAGACUUCCUUGGUGGGCAUUCUUCUGUUGGUAAUCUUGUGAUGCUGUGUCUAGCAGCGAUUGCCAGAGACCCAGAAGUCGGGAAGAAGAUUAGAUCUGAAAUUGAUAGUGUCACGAAAGGAAAAAGACCUGUGAAUUUGACUGAUAGACCAUCCUUGCCUUACACUGAAGCCACUAUCCUAGAAUGUCUAAGAUACGCGUCAUCUCCAAUCGUACCUCACGUUGCUACAGAAAACGCUAACAUAGCGGGCUAUGGAGUUGAAAAAGGAACGAUUGUUUUUAUAAAUAACUACGAAUUAAACACGUCAACAAAAUACUGGGAUGAGCCGCACAAGUUCGAUCCGUCUAGAUUUUUAGAAAGAACUAAAAUUAGAGCGAGAAGAAACUCACUUUGCGAUUCUGGCAUGGAAUCCGACAGCGAGAGAACUGGUCCUAUAAAUAGAGUUACAGAAAUAGAGAAAGAAGUAGUAUGUGUUAAGAAGAAUAUACCACAUUUCCUUCCAUUCAGCAUUGGCAAACGAACAUGUAUUGGUCAAACCUUAGUAACUACAAUGAGUUUCGUCAUGUUCUCCAAUAUAGUCCAAGAAUUUGAUAUAGCGGCUGUAAAUUUGGAGGAUUUGAGACAGAAACCGGCAUGUGCGGCUUUACCCAAAGAAACCUUCAACUUAUACCUCCUGCCAAGAAAGAAUUAG